GAAAAAUCAAUUUUUUUGAUCUUGAAAAUACGGUUUUUAAAGCUAUAAUCUGGACGAGCGUGCUGGACUGUGGUCCAUCCAUGUGACCGCAGAGAUGAUCUUGAUUGGAGAUGAUCAUCAGAAUAUCAGAUUAUAAAACAAAGAAAACGAUCUCGAUCUCGAUCAGCAUGGUCCAAGGCUCUUCUCCAAAUUAAGUAUUCGUCCACCAGAAUGAUAAUGGAUGCUAAAAUUGCUAUUGGGCAGUCUUGCAUCUGUAGAGUUCAAUUGGAAGCGAUCCACUGACUCUCACCCCGUCAUGUCGUCACCUCUCGUCAUCUUCGGAUUGAAACGUGAAGAAGGAACAAGAUUAGAGGGAGCAUACACAAGUGUUUGUUCCUGAUAUUAGACAUCUUGUUUUUCGAAAAAUAUGCAGCUACUGUGAUUUAUUUGAUCGCAUUUUUUAUUCAUCACAGUGAUUCAGAUUCAUAUUAAGUUUCAUCACAUUCUUUUAACUUCAAUCCGAAGAAAACAUGUCGAAGAUUGUCGCAGUUCCAACCGAAGACUCGCAUCAGGAUGUCUUCCCUGUUGCAAGGGUAAGCAACUGUUAUUUUUUUUUUGACAGGGCUAGUAAUGAAGCAUGCAUUUAUUAUUUUUUGAUGAGAUGUUCUUGACUCUUCAUGAUCCUUCUUUCAAGAAACUGACCAGCCUUUAAACUCCCCAACCCCAAAAAUCUGAACAAAAAAACAGCAAAUCCAGUCUCUCAUGAAGGAGGAAAAGCUCAGCGAGGAGAAGAUACAAGAGUUUGAGCGAAAUUUCGUGGAGCACAUCGAGAAAGAGGACUGGUACCAGAUCUUCCUCCUCUUCGGAGACAAAUGCGAUCUCAUCGUCAGGCAAGUCGAUAAAAAGGGGAAGCCAGCAGCGGACAAGGUCGAGUGCUACUUCGCGACUCUGAUAUACCUCCUAGAUGCUAUGGACAGCAUCAUCAAGUUGGAAGCGGCAGUGACGAAGGUAGUGCUAUUCUUGAGUGACUGGUGCUAAAAAUCAUGUAAGAACCAACAACUUCCUCUUUUGCGAGUUCUUAGAGGACGUUGUACCACUAGAAUCGAAUUUCUUCACAAAAAAAACACCAAUUCCAAUAGGUUGUCCAACUCCUCCUUUCUGGAACCGAAUACGCGCAAUUACGACUGAAGAUGUUGAAGACCGCCUACAACUCACUUCCAGUCAGCCCAAAGACUGCGCAUCUUUCAAGACAAACCUUUUUUGGGGUGCUCAACUUCGCGGCAGACAACCAGUUGUUUCACGUAAGAGGAUUCUUAUAAAUAUACAGUGAUUCUUGAUUUUCCCAUCUUCAGAAAAGUUCUUUGGUGAUGGAGAUGUCUCGUCAAAGCUUUUGAUUUACUAGAAUCUCUUACUUUGCUGUAGUUGUUGAACAAGAAUGUCUCUUUGCACUUGAAUUUCCACAGGAACUCCUCCCUUACUUGAAUUUCUUCGAGCAAUGGGUCGCCAACUGGGGAGAAGCGGCCAAAGAAACCGAUCGCAAGGAGAUCUUCCACAUCAUCGCCACUGCUAUUCUUAAGGCUUGUUACGCCGCUAAUUGACCCUUCAUUGUCCUCCUUGUUACUCUAAAUGAUGGUCCCCUAUUGAACUAGAUUGAGGCCCCUUGUUACCCUAUUGAACUAGAUGGAGGCCGCUAUGAACUAAGGCUCCUUCUUACCCUAGAACUAGAUGGAUGGUCCGCCCCUAAUUGUCCCUCAACUUUGUAAAGAAGGUCCGCAAGGGUCCUGCUAACUUGCACUAUUGAUGGUCCCCUAAUUGUUGUCCAUCGUCAGAGAAGUCAUCUUCCCAGAAGAGAGUCAGUCUGUUUUUCAAGGGGAAAAGAGACCUGGGAAGAUGAAUCUACUUCUCAAGAUAGCUAUUGGGUUAAGCUUAAGGAUAUUAAGGGUAUCUAUGACUAACAUUUUUUUUGUAGAACGAAGUGAUCAACAAGGAGAUGACAAGGGUUUACUACUUCUAUCUACUAUGUAUUAAGGGAUAAUAUUAAGGGUAUAUAUAAGUAACAAGUUCUAUAACAAGCUCUAACACUCCUCAAUUGAAGCCAGAAGUGAAAUUGACUCUGUCUUCAGAUGUCUUGUUUGAUGACGAAGAGUUGGCAUUUUCCUGGAUGAAGAAGUACUUGCUAGAAGAAACAGAGGUGAACGAGCAGAGUCUCAAAGCGGUAAAGACCUUUGUUGCGGAUAUCUGCAGACUGCCAGGAGUCUAUCAGGUACCUACAGCUACUUGUUUUGCUUCCUGUUGAUGAUGAUGAUGAUGAUGAUAAUGUUGUUGAUGAUGAUCGCAUCAUGAUGGUCGUUUUCGCCUACAAUCUAAUAAUAAUUCCAUCAUUCUUCUUUUUUUGGUGGUACCUUCAAGAAUCAGCUUGAGUUUCUUGUCAGCACGACCUACUGGAGGUUCAACAUGAUUAAAAUGAUCCCCAAACAAAAAACUAUAAUACAGGUCGAAGGUCUCCUCACUAUCCCUUUCCUUGCGGAAGCAGCGAAGAAGGAUGCCUCCAUUCCGAAGAUGCUUCAGUUAUUGCAGCUUUUUGUAAGUGGCACUGUAACAGACCUCGAAAAAUUCAAGAGCGCCAAUCCAGGAUUGCUUGAGAGCCUUGGGGUAGAAAUUUUUAUAAUGAAGAUAGUAUGGCUCUACUAUCAUGGUGAUGUUACAUGAUGAUCAUCUCAAAGAAUUUCCAAGAGGUCUACUUCACUUUAUAUUUUUCUUCCUGACACCUUUCAUCUUGGUCUUCUCGGAGAUUGAUUUCUUCAUUCACAAUCACAAACUAUACCCUCAACACAGGUCGCUUCCUCCGACAUCGAGAACAAGUUGAGAGUUCUCUCCCUCUGCUCCCUCUGCGAAGGGCGCUCCACUGUCCCACUCGCUGAGGUCCGCAAAGUCCUCGGUGCCGAAGACGUCGAUGACCUCAUCAUCCAAGCUGGGCAUUUUGACGUCCUCAACGCUAGAAUAGACGAAUUGGACCAGACUUUGCAUGUCCAGACCGUGUUGCAGAGGAGUUUCGGUCCUAAGGACUGGGCACACUUGGACACGACUCUGGAAACGUGGAUCAACAAGAUUGAUGCUCUCAUCGCGAUUAACAACAACGACGUUGGAAGCACGGUGGCGCAGGCGGGAGCGUAAAUUAAUAGUACUUCCAGAACUACUACGAGGAAACGAUUUUGAUAAGACGAAGCAUGUGAACAAGAAAUCACAGGGAGCAGCAAACACAUGACACACAUGACAUCAUAGAACUAGUACCGGGAGCACCAGGACAAGGUCUCACUACGAACAACAAACUGUGUGCUGCCAUCUUCAGUUUCAUGAUCAUAUGUCAUGAUAUCUUCAGUUUCAUGACCAUAUAUGGUCGCCCAUGCUGCAAAUGAACGACAGUAGAAAAUUGUUUCAUCUUGAUGAAUGCCAUCGCGCCUUCGUCCUCUACCAGAAGUACAACCCAACAUGUUGUGACACACACGACAUAACAAGCAACAUCACGUCCUCGAGCAUGAUGCUGGAGGAUUUUUAUGCACCAAUAUUUAGAUUAUAUCACUGAUGAAUACUUAUGAAGUUGUCAUCGCCAAGACCAAUAUUUAUCACAACUCUAUUGAAAUUGAUUCUGAUUGCACAUUAACUACAACACACCUAAAUACUUAUUCUAAAAAUACCUUAUCACGCACACCAAUAUGUUGCAUCGACGGGAAGGGUCGAUGUAAUCUGAACGAAAUGACUGAUCUAAUCGACAGGAACUGCAGAGAAAGGACCAAAUGGCUGCUUAUCCUUUUUCUUUGUUUUUCAGAUAUGUUGCUACAAAAGUUGUAAAAAAAUGUUGCUGUUGUAAAAGCUGCAAGAAGAUGUCGCACUCGCUGCGGUUGUUCAGACUCGCCGGGCAGAACGUGUC